GUGAUGGAUAGGCACGCAUUCACUUUGGAAUAGUUUCGUUGCCCUCCUGGACGUCCCGAGCAACAAUUUGUGAGUGGUCGCGUAUUUCUCGUUUCGAACGGUCAGAGGAGUGAUGCGUUGGUCGUAGUUGGCUACCUACGCGCACGCGGACGGCCGUCCGGGGAGGCAUUGCUGCGAGCUAUUUGCAGAUAAGGUGUGAGGCAUGCCGUCGCCUCUUUCUGCGCAGCUAGGGAAGCCGUACUUGGCGGAGUACGUGCAAUUUGGCUACCACUCCAACAUUAUCAAGCAGGACUAUGAGCAAGGUUCCGUCAUCUUUUUGGAGAAGGCUCGCUUCCUGGAAAAGCACCGAUGCGGAAUCGUCGUUCAGGGGAGGGUAAUAAGAAUACUGUGCCAAAAACAAAAAAUGCACGAACUGCUAGGCCUUGACUAUCGAGAAUGCAAAUGGCGAGAAGUAGAAUACAUAGAUCAGAAGAGCUACGUACAUAAGACAAAAGAAAAAGAAUUUCUCUGCUACUGCUACAACAGGUCGGGCUGUACCAGUAUUGUCGGGAGGCGAAGCGCGAGGCGACCAACGCAGCCCGGAUAACAACCACGACCAUCGAAGAGGAGGAGGACAGCGUCGACCUGGUUAGCGACAACGGCAACGAAGAGGAUGAGGAGCAGCUGCUGUCCGACACGCAAAUUACCGCGAUUUUGGGGACGGACCGGUGGACGCAAGUGGACAGUCUCCGGGAGUGGGACAUUCUUUCCGAUCUAAACUGCAUGGGCUUCACGGAUCAACGCACGGUGACGGCGAUUCCGCUGUCCGAAGAGCCAGUCACGAUCGCCUGGGCGCCGUACCACCACAUCAUCACUAAUGCCACCGGCUCUGCGCAUGCGCGCCAAUUGCAAGUCGAGGACAUGGUGUGUAAACGUGUGUUGUUCUUGAGUUUCAGAUGAAGGUUGGCGCAGUGGUUUUUUAUGCCCCACACCAUAAUAUACUUAGUUACAUUCCGAGUCUAUCGAUACACUUUGGUACUAUGAAUGAAGAUGAACAUGAAGUAGCAAAAGUGAAGCAGCUUCUUGUUCUAUUCUGACGGAUUCAAGCCCAAUGAACACACAACAGUCCCGCAUGGUGAAUACGUUCCGGAAAAUGUCGUUUUUUGAGGGCUGCCGUCUGGAAUUCGUGUACCGGCUCUCGUGCCGCACUCUGCGCAAGCGAUUCGGUCCCGGCGAACUAAUCUUCCAGGAGGGCGACACGAACGGAAAUUCUAUGUGCAUCGUGUUUCAGGGGGCAGUGCAGAUUGAGGUGCGCAACCGGACGACUGGCGUGAACGAGGUCGUGAAGAAGCUGAAUGAGGGAGAAAUUGUCGGCGAGCUGGCCGUGUUAGGCAUUUCUCGGAAGCGAA